GUGCAGCUGGGUGGAAAAUGGAAGCCCCUCCAGUUGGAAUUCACAGGAAGAAUCUGAUCGACAUCAGCCUGCUCCCUCCUGUGCCCAGACAGCACCUGGGGAGGCUUCAAGCCGGAGGCUUUAUUAUCUUCAAGUGUUCUGAAGCAGAGAAGUAAUUCCGUAACCCAGUAAAAAUGGACAAAGAAGAAAAGAAGACUCUUAAUGAAGGCCAAGAGGAUGAAAUGGAGAUUUAUGGUUACAAUCUGAGUCGUUGGAAGCUGCUCAUAGUUGCAUUUGGGGUGAUCUGUACUGGUGGCUUCCUCCUCCUCCUCCUCUACUGGAUGCCCGAGUGGCGGGUGAAAACCACCUGCUUCCGAGCAGCCCUCAAAGACUGUGAGGUGGUGCUGCUGAGGACGACGGAUGAAUUCAGGAUAUGGUUUUGUGCAAAAGUUCGCUUUCUUUCUCUAGAAAACCACUCAUUUUCAAGCCCUAAAACAGUAACUAAAAAAGUGUCCAAUGGCCACGCUGCUCAUUUCCAUUUCCCUGAGGACCUGCCUGAAGAGGACCAGCGUGACCUUGCCCAACCCCGAGAGAUUCCUUACUUUACGCACCACAGCGUGAGGUACUUCUGGAACGACUCCCUCCAGAAUUUUGACGUGUUAAAGGGUCUGGAUGAAGGUAUUUCUUGUACUUCAAUUUAUGAACAGCACAGCUCAGGGCUGGCAAAGGAGAAGCACGCCUACAGAAAACUGAUGUAUGGAAUGAAUGAGAUCGCUGUCAAAGUGCCUUCUGUCCUUAAACUUCUGGUGAAAGAGGUUCUCAAUCCCUUCUACGUUUUCCAGCUGUUCAGUGUGAUUCUGUGGUGCACAGAUGAGUACUACUACUACGCCCUGGCCAUCGUGAUUAUGUCUGUGAUCUCCAUCAUGAGCUCCUUAUACACCAUCAAGAAGCAAUACAUCAUGUUGCAUGAUAUGGUGGCCGCUCACAGCACUGUGAGAGUUUCUGUCUGCAGAGUUGGUGGAGAAAUAGAAGAGAUUUUUUCCACGGACCUUGUACCUGGAGACAUCAUGGUCAUCCCGAUGAAUGGAACAGUCAUGCCUUGUGACGCAGUCCUCAUCAGUGGCACCUGCAUUGUAAACGAGAGCAUGCUUACAGGUGAAAGUGUUCCUGUGACAAAGACUAACUUGCCAAACCCUUCAGUGGAUGUGAAAGGAAUGGAAGAUGAAAUGUAUAGCCCAGAACACCACAAGCGGCACACUUUGUUUUGUGGGACCACGGUCAUUCAGACUCGCUUCUACACCGGAGAACUCGUGAAAGCUGUUGUGGUCAGGACAGGGUUUAGUACCUCAAAAGGCCAGCUUGUACGUUCCAUCCUGUAUCCCAAGCCAACGGAUUUUAAACUCUACCGAGACGCCUACAUGUUUCUGCUCUGUCUUGUAGUGGUGGCAGGCAUUGGAUUUAUUUACACCAUUGUCCAUAGCAUUUUGAAUAAGGUGUCGGCCCGAGUUAUAGUCAUAGAAUCUCUGGAUAUCAUCACAAUCACUGUGCCCCCUGCGCUUCCGGCUGCAAUGACUGCUGGGAUUGUGUAUGCACAGAGGAGACUGAAAAAGAUUGGGAUCUUUUGCAUUAGCCCUCAGCGGAUAAACAUCUGUGGGCAGCUCAACCUAGUGUGUUUUGACAAGACUGGAACGCUUACUGAAGACGGCUUAGACCUUUGGGGCAUACAGAGAGCGGAAAAUGCACAUUUCCAAAUGCCGGAGGAGAAAGUGUGCAGCGAGAGCCUGGUGAAAUCACAUUUUGUCGCUUGCAUGGCUACCUGCCAUUCCCUGACAAAAAUUGAAGGGCUGCUGUCUGGUGACCCGCUCGAUUUAAAGAUGUUUGAAGCUAUUGGAUGGAUUCUCGAAGAAGCAACGGAGGAAGAGACUGCGCUUCACAACCGGAUCAUGCCCACCGUCGUCCGUCCCCCAAAGCAGCUUCUUCCUGAGCCCAAACCUGCAGCGAGCCAGUCAAUGGAGCUUUUUGAGCUUUCCGCCAACUAUGAGAUAGGAAUUGUUCGGCAGUUUCCAUUUUCUUCUGCCUUGCAACGAAUGAGUGUAGUGGCCCGAAUUCUGGGGGACAAAAAGAUGGACGCGUACAUGAAGGGGGCCCCGGAGGUCGUCGCCAGCCUUUGUAAAUCAGAGACGGUUCCCAGUGACUUUGAAAAAGUGUUAGAAGACUACACGAAGCAGGGCUUCCGGGUGAUCGCUCUGGCACACCGCAAACUGGAAUCCAAGCUGACAUGGCACAAGAUCCAGAACAUUAAUAGAGAUGCCAUUGAAAGCAACAUGGAUUUUAUGGGAUUAAUUGUGAUGCAGAACAAAUUGAAACAAGAAACCCCUGCUGUUCUUGAAGAUUUGCGUAAAGCCAACAUCCGUGCGGUCAUGGUCACAGGCGACAAUAUGUUAACUGCUAUCUCCGUGGCCAGAGACUGUGGAAUGAUUCUACCUCAGGAUAAAGUGAUUAUUGCGGAUGGACUACCUCCCAAGGACGGACAAGCGGCCAAAAUAAAUUGGCAUUAUGCAGACACUCUAACCACAAAAUGCACUAGCUCUCCAGAGAUCGACUCUGAGGAUAUCCCCAUUAAGUUGGCCCACGACAGUCUAGAGGAUCUUCAGAUGGCCCCCUAUCAUUUUGCAAUGAACGGAAAGUCAUUUUCUGUGAUCCUGGAGCACUUUCAGGACCUGGUGCCCAAGUUGGUGUUGCAUGGCACCGUGUUCGCGCGCAUGGCCCCUGAUCAGAAGACGCAGCUGGUCGAAGCAUUGCAGAAUGUGGAUUACUACGUGGGAAUGUGUGGUGACGGUGCCAAUGAUUGUGGGGCCUUGAAGAAGGCCCAUGGAGGCAUAUCCCUGUCUGAGCUCGAGGCUUCCGUGGCGUCCCCCUUCACCUCAAGGACCCCUAGUAUUGCUUGUGUGCCAAACCUCAUCAGGGAAGGCCGGGCAGCUUUGAUAACUUCCUUCUGCGUAUUUAAAUUCAUGGCUUUGUACAGCAUCAUCCAGUACUGUAGUGUCACUUUGCUGUACUCGAUCCUGAGUAAUUUAGGAGAUUUCCAGUUCCUUUUCAUUGAUCUGGCCAUCAUCUUGGUAGUGGUAUUUACAAUGAGUUUAAAUCCCGCGUGGAAGGAACUCGUCGCCCAAAGACCACCCUCAGGCCUCAUCUCUGGGGCUCUCCUCUUCUCGGUCCUGUCUCAGAUCAUCAUUUCCAUCGGCUUCCAAUGUUUUGGCUUUUUUUGGGUUAGACAGCAGCCUUGGUAUGAACAUUGGACUCCACAUUCAGAUGCGUGUAACCUGUCUAGAAGCUUCUCUACCAACUCGUCCCACUCUGACAAUGAGACUGAACAUGAUGAGCACAACAUAAAAAAUUAUGAGAACACCACCGUGUUUUUUAUCUCCUGCUUCCAGUACCUGAUUGUGGCCAUCGCUUUUUCUAAAGGAAAGCCAUUUAGGCAGCCCUGCUACAAAAACGGCUUUUUUGUUGUGUCUGUGAUUAUUUUGUAUAUCUUCAUAUUUUUCAUCAUGUUGCAUCCUGUUGCCUAUAUUGACCAGGUUCUUGAGAUCGUCUGUGUUCCGUAUCAGUGGCGUGUCACGAUGCUCAUCAUCAUUCUUGUCAAUGCGCUCGUCUCUGUCUUGGCAGAGAGCUUCCUCCUGGACACGGUCCUUUGGAAGGUUGUGUUCAAUCGAGACAAACAAGGAGAAUAUCGCCUCAGCACCACACAGCUGCCACAGGAGUCAGUGGACCGUUGGGGAAAGUGCUGCAUAUCGUCAGUGCUUGGCUGUAGGAAGAAGCUACCCAAGGCCAAGUACAUGCACCUGGCCCAGGAGCUGCUGGUUGACCCCGAGUGGCCGCCAAAGCCCAGCACAACCACAGAAGCCAAAGCCUUAGUCAAGGAGAACGGAUCCUGUCAGGUCAUCACUGUCACGUAACAGUGACUCUCGGUGGCUUGCCCUAGAGCAGUGUUGGGGGGUGGGGGGGACUUCCUGGCAACAUGUGCAGAACGUAGGCCCCUUGAGGUGAUUCGAUUAGAGCUUUGGUAAAGGUCGGGGGGUAUCUAAGUCCUGUAUUCUCAACCAGUGACUUUCAGUCAAGCUGGGGUGGGAGACACUGGCCUGAUGAUUAGACCUCGUCACACUCGCUGUCCCAUCCUGGAUGCUAAAGUGAUGAGAGGGUGCCGCUGUCAGCGGGGAGGUGGGGAGUGGGGGGUUGUGCUGUUGCCGAGGCUGCCAGCCUACUCCUGACUCGGUGGGGCCUCUUGCAAAGUCGUGUCCACUUAAACCUUGGCCCACCUAGGAGGUGCCUCAUUUUUUCUGCUCCCCGAGGCAGCCUCUACUUUAAUGCUCCUCAGAGCUAUUAGAUUGAUCUGGCCUCUGGCCUCUGCCCGCAGCAGCAUCAGCCAGAGCAGCCGCCUCCACGCUUCCCCUCCCUGGCCCGUUUGAGCGAGCAUUUGGUGUCAAUAAGGCUUCCUUCUGCAUCUUUCCUUCCUGUCUAUCUAUCUGUCAAAGGAUGAGACAAUGAGGACCUGAGACAAUUUGGUCCUAAUCUUUACUCCUAAUGGCUGAUGGGCUAAAAGCUCACCUGACCUGGCAGUUCUUGUAGCCACGUGCUUAGCAGCUGGCGUGUUGUGGCCAUGAGGCGGCAGCAGUGGUCACGAAGGAUGAGAGGGCUGGUGUGAGGGAGGGUGAUCCCCCAGACGUGUCAUGAGCCCAAGGAGCUCAGCUCUUAGGGUGCGAGGACGUUCUCGAUGGAGCGUGUCGAGGCCCCUGGAUCGGGCAGGUGAGGGCAGCCACGAAUCCAGCUCAUGUGUGGCUUUCCGCCUAGUCAGGUCCCUCUUCUCCUUGAGACAGCAGAGCCAGGUGUUCUCAUUCCACCCUCUCCUUUGGGUGACGUCGAUGAAGGAGAGAAGGUGGUAAAGCCCACCCGGGCCCUCUGUUGCUGACAUGACCACUGAUGAGGCUUUCUGUAGAAGAGAUAAUGGGACAGGAAUACGCUUCUGAUUACUUUUUUUAAGAUUUGUUCCAUGGAGUGAUUCUGCGAAGCUAUCUAUGCAUCUUAGACCUUUGGAGCUGUGAUUUCGCACGGGUUGUUUUCAUUUCCCAUUGUCUUAAUCCUUUCUUCACUUGUAGUAGGUGCCCACAUGCCCGGGCACCCCUAAAGAACAGGCCCUGACGCUUUUCCAAAUCCUUCUUUUAUUUUGGGGUUCAUGUGCUGCAGUGUUUAAUUACACAGGGAUGGCUCUGAAGCAGCAGGAAAGUGCUGAUCGCCUAACCCCACCAAGCACCUUUGAACGUGAGUGUGUAUUGGCUGUUUUGAAGUCCCCUUUUCUAAUAUCCUGGGGCUCAGGAGGUUUGUUGUUGCAUCUGCCCAUGUUGUUUUUACAGGAAGACGUAGUUUGUAGCUCUGUGGAAGAAGCUUUGGAGGAGGUUAGCUCUGACCAGUGGAUGUGUGGUGGUUCGUAGGCUGUAACUGGUGGCUUCCAGAAUGUGGAAAAGUGUUUGCUGUGAUUUCAGGUGGGCCCUGCUAUGUGCCCUCGAUAGAGAUGUCCUUUCUACUGUGUGGGUCGCCAUUACAUAGAAAUUUUGAUUCUGAGUUUCAUAUUAAAUUAUUUGAGUGUAUACAUACCUAAAAUUUUAAAUCUGUACAUGUCUUAUUUUGAUGUAAUAAGAUUUUAUAAAUAUUGUGGAUUUAAAUUUUAUUUAUGCACAUACUGAAGGGACUGGGAUGUCCAAGAAAGUAGUUGUUAAAUAAUGAUAUGUAACUUUUUUUACUUUUUUAAUAAAUAACCAGAUUUUUAAAGUGUGUCCCUCAGGGUUGUUGAAAGGUUCCUUACCCCUCUUGCCCUUUUCCCCUCCCUCCCAAGUAGAACUAAUGAUAACUGUAUGUUUUCUAUUCUCAACUACUGUCUGCUGCGAAAACAAUGCUGCAAAUAACGUUGGAAUCAAAGUGGCCAAGCCAAGGACAAAGGCAGUGAUGCUUUUCAUGUUCUCUUUUAAAUCCUUCACUUAGAACACUCUUCCCAAGACCCUCUGAUUGGAGCAAAAGCGUUCCCGUUUUCAUUCUGUUUAGUUUUAUUUGUUUUCCCUUAUUUAUAGAAAGCUCUGAAUCGUUAAAGCAUGGUAAAUAAUAAUUUAAUUCGUUUGUACGCUACCUUCCCCAAGCCAUCAUUAGACGCAGUGUCCAGACAGGAUUAGAAUUCAGACUUUGGAAGAACACUCUAGGAUUUUUGUGCAUGCACUGUUGACGUUGUAACCUAGAUUUUGUAUAUUUUGGGGGGGAGGGAGGGUGGUUUUGAACACUUUUUAAAAUUCUGGAUGUUAAUUUUGUACAGUUUAUGGGCAUUUACAACUAUUUUUAAUGUACUAGAAUUUGAUAAUUAUGUGCACAUGAAAUUAAUAGAAAUAAAGUUAUUUCCUGUUAGAUUACAGAAUUCCCUGAAAACUUGGCUUAAACAAGAAAGUUGGUUUAUAUCAGAGAAAUGAUACUGCAUCUUUAUAUUUUAAAAUAUGUAUUGCUGCUCUAGAAUGGUACCCUGUUGUCAAAAAGGCAUACAUACAGAAUUGUAAAUAGCCUGCUGAGAUCUUUGGAUUAAAGCAAUUCAAAAUUUAAAAAACUGAAGCAAAUAAAAUAUAUUUUCUUUUUUU